AUGACUGAAUCCAAUAUCCAUUUCUUCGACCUCCUAUCAGACCUACCCGGCCCUUCCAAGUCAUGGUCUCCCAACACCCUCCGGACCAGAAUGGUCCUUAACUUCAAGGGAAUCCCCUAUACCCAAAGCUGGGUAUCAUACCCCGAUAUUGCACCUUUACUCAAGGCUCAUGGUGUCCCACCUGGCAAAUCAGCGACACCUUACACACUACCGGCAAUCAGCCAUAAGGGGUCGAUAACGAGCAACCCAGACGGUGUGCUCAUGGAUUCCGAGCCGAUCGCCAUGUACAUUGACAAGCUGUACCCAUCACCUCCGCUCUUCCCCUCCGGCGAUGCAAGCUACUCGCUCGUGAUCGCCGUGCAGAAGAUAGUGAGCUUGAUCUCACCGAGUUACAGGUUGAUGGUUAUUCCCAACGUUCCAUCUGGACUUGAUGAGCGCGGACGGGAGUACUUUAUCCGGACGCGCACUGUGGCUUUCGGGAAGCCGCUUUCUGAGGUUAGGCCGACGGAUGAGUCAGAGUUGCUUGCUUUGUGGCAGAUUAUCGAGAAGGAUGCGGAGGCGCUGAUUAAGAUGCUGAAGGGUAAGGAAGGGAAAAAGGGGCCAUUUUUGGAGGGUGAGAGCGCUGGCUAUGCGGAUAUGAUUCUCGCUUCAAUUUUGGCUUGGUUCCAGCGCUUUGACCAGGAUAUCUUUGACAAGAUGCUUGCUCUUGGGGAGGGGGAGUUCAAAACGCUUUAUGAAGCUUGUUUGCCCUGGCUUGAAGGACAGGGAGAGGAGAAGGAUUGGCCGAUUCCCCAGUAA